AUGGCUUUCCAAAGGUUUGUUGGUCGAAGAGGAUGCCCGAGCCGAGUCCAUUGCGACAACGCGACGAACUUCGUCGGAGCAAGUCGCCAUCUGGAGGAGCUAAGGAGGCGAGUCGAGGCCGAGGAGAACGCAGUUCGCGACUUCGCAUCAAGAAGCGGAUGCGAAUUUGCGUUCAUACCGCCGAGGGCUCCUCACUUCGGAGGACUAUGGGAGGCAGGUGUGAAGUCUGCAAAGUACCUACUCCUACGCACGGUGGGCAACGCCCUGCUCACGGCCGAGGAGCUGCAGACAGUGGUCGUGGCGGUCGAGGCGGUGCUCAACUCCCGCCCGCUAGGAGCCGUGAGCCACGUCCCCAACGACGGCGAGGCGCUAACCCCAGGGCAUCUACUGGUGGACGGUCCACUGGUGGCACCGGCAGCAUCGCGGACCCCGGAACAGGAGGGUCUGAGUUGCUUAAGGCGAUGGCGAGCUGUCUCGUCGCUCAAGCGAGCGUUCUGGCAGCGAUGGUCCCGGGAGUAUGUGCUGGGCCUGCAGGCACGGGCCAAGUGGGACCGGUUGCAGCCAAAUCUGCAAAUCGAAGAGCUCGUCGUCGUCGCAGAAGACAACCAGCCGCCGAUGCAGUGGAUGGCCACAAUUGUGAUAACGGGCGAGGAGUUGCGUCUGCCGCAGGUGAUUGAUUUGCGUGUCGAUUACACGGAUCGUACACCGCCGUAUUUCCUGCUCCAACAGCCGGCCACACAGCUUGCCGCUCGUCCCGGCGAGACCGUUGUGCUCGAGUGUCCGGGCGUUGGUUCGCCGCGUCCCAGCGCCGUGUGGAGCAGCCCCAAUGUGCCCAACAUCUAUCACAAUCGAUCGCGUGUGCUUGCCUAUGGACUCCAAAUCACCGAUGUCCAGCCCCAAGAUCAGGGCUCGUAUGUGUGCCGCCUGGACAAUGGCAUUGCACCGGUGCUGGUUCACAUGAUCAAGCUGAGCGUGCUGGAGCGUCCGCGCAUUCUGCGUGGCCCCAACUCGACGCUGACCAACGAGGGUGAUGCUCUCACACUUGAGUGCGAUGCCAUCGGACAUCCCCAGCCGCACAUCUAUUGGCUGUUCAACGGCGAGGAUGCCAGCUUGGAUAACGAGACGAACAUCGAGCUCAAUCGCCUUGUCAUCCAUCAUGUGCAAAAGUGGCACGCGGGCGUCGUUCAAUGUUUUGCCCGCAAUCAGUUGGGCGAGACCAGCGAAGGAAAUUUGUUGCGUGUGAAUCCGUUGCAGAUAAGCGGCGAAGACGAUCAACCGCUGGGCAAUGUUCCAUUGCGCUUUGAUCACGAACCCAGCCAUGGAUCCUCCUCAUCCGGAUCUUCGUCCUCUUCUGGCUCCUCGUCGAUGACGUCAUCGUCACGCAACAAAAACAAGCGCAAAUAUAUGAGAGUUGCAGAAUUAGCAGAAGCUGCUGGACACGCAUCAACAUCCGCCACGCCCGCCAUUGUGCCGCUAUCGAAGGCAACUGGGGAGGAUGAGCAGCAUUCCAUGUAUCCGGUAAUUGCAGGCGUCGCUGGCGGUGGCCUUCUGCUGCUCAUUGCCACAGUGGUUGCAUGUUUGUGCCUGCGACGACGCAGCAACGCGCCACUUGAGGCAAAUCUCUAAUCUCUCUUGGAUCACAUUCAAGCGGAUUUUGUUAGCUCCGCCGUGCUGGGCGUGGCACCGCAUCACAAUCACAAGGCUGGCCUCUCGGCCAAACAUGAAAAAGAAAUUAUAGGCAGCUAUUCCAGUUCUUGUAUUGCUAUCUCUGUCUUAAGCAAAAUACUUAUGUUUUUCUGUUGCUAUCUCUUUCUAGAACGAAAUAUUUAUUUUCUUUGUUUGUCGAUAGCAAUUUCUUCUCCAUAUAUUCAUAUUUUUCAAACUCGAUUUCGAUUAGUCUUUGAAAUUAAUUUUCCUUCUUUGUUGUCGUAUUUGCUGUGUCCGCACUUUCGCUCUCGCUCUGGUUCGUGGUCUUCUUCUAUCUCCCGCUCUCUCUCUGUCGCUGUUGGUGUUGCUCUGUCUUCCGUUAUUCGUCUUCGUUUGCCCAGCCAAACUGAAAGAGAGAGAAAUCCCGUCCAUACGUGUGUGUUGCAGAAUCGUAAUGUGAUGGAGCUGCGCUUCCUCCCCCCGCCCAAUGGCAUCGCCAGCCACGCCUCCAAUCCGGAUCAAUCGAGUCUCGCGGCCGCUGUUGCAGUUGCAGCUGCGGCUGUUGUCGUUGAUAUCGUCGACAAUGAUAUCGAUGCGGAUGCCGAAGCCGAAGCGGAUGCGGACAGUGAGCAUGUGGAACAGACGGGCGCUUCAUCCUCUUGCGAGACCUUGGAGGCUUGCGACUCGGCCACGCCCAUCGCCAACGCCAUCACAACGAAGGCGCCCAGCAAGCCGCUGCCACCGCUGCCGCUGCCCAAGAAAACGGCGGCAGCCAAGGCACAACAGCAGCAAGUAAACAACAAUGCUUUGGCUGUUGCGGCAGCUGCUGCGUUGCAUCAACCAGGACUGCAUCAUGCGCAGCCGUAUCAUGCCCCAGGCACGCCCACCAUGCUGCAGAAGCGUCUGCAGCCAGCGUCGCAGAUGCAAGCGCCUCCUGUGCCGCCGCAUGCCACAUACUACUCGCAAAAGGCGGCAGUGGCAACAAGUGGCGCCUCGCCUAUGCUGGAUCAACAGCGACGCACGCUGGAACGCAGUGUGCGCAACUUGCAACAGCCAGGCGGCUAUGGACUCGAGGAGGCGUUGGGUACGCCCACGCGCAUACCAUCGCUGCGACGGCAGCGACGUGCGUCGGGCAGUCAGCACAACAGUCACACCAAUCUCAACAAUCAUCACCACAACAACAACAACAGCAGUUUCUAUCGCAACGGCGAGAAGUUGCCGCAGUCCGAGCUGCUCUCAGGCGCUGCUGGCGCUUUGGUGCUCAACUCUGUGAGCGCCAAGGAUGCGGGCAAUUAUACGUGCGCGGCCACAAAUGUGAUUACGGGCGAGGAGUUGCGUCUGCCGCAGGUGAUUGAUUUGCGUGUCGAUUACACGGAUCGUACACCGCCGUAUUUCCUGCUCCAACAGCCGGCCACACAGCUUGCCGCUCGUCCCGGCGAGACCGUUGUGCUCGAGUGUCCGGGCGUUGGUUCGCCGCGUCCCAGCGCCGUGUGGAGCAGCCCCAAUGUGCCCAACAUCUAUCACAAUCGAUCGCGUGUGCUUGCCUAUGGACUCCAAAUCACCGAUGUCCAGCCCCAAGAUCAGGGCUCGUAUGUGUGCCGCCUGGACAAUGGCAUUGCACCGGUGCUGGUUCACAUGAUCAAGCUGAGCGUGCUGGAGCGUCCGCGCAUUCUGCGUGGCCCCAACUCGACGCUGACCAACGAGGGUGAUGCUCUCACACUUGAUUGGCAGCACUGCAUCUAUUGGCUGUUCAACGGCGAGGAUGCCAGCUUGGAUAACGAGACGAACAUCGAGCUCAAUCGCCUUGUCAUCCAUCAUGUGCAAAAGUGGCACGCGGGCGUCGUUCAAUGUUUUGCCCGCAAUCAGUUGGGCGAGGUGAGUGACAAGUUCCUUAAUGAUGUGGCUUAA